UAUAUUUUGCGAAUUUGGACUAAAUCCCAAAUUCGAAAAACCACUGCGAAAGCCUUCGGUGUCUCUCGUCGAUACCAAUGAACUCAGAAACUCGAACAGAAAUGGCAAACCCACAAGAAGAAGCCAAACUCGAAAGCUUCCUCCAAUGGUUAGAGGUUAACGGAGUUGUACUUCGUGGUUGCAACAUCAAGUAUUGUGAUUUGAACAAAGGGUUUGGUAUUUUUUCAGCUAAUGAUGUUUCUGAUGGGAUUCUGUUAGUUGUUCCACUAGAUUUAGCAAUAACUCCUAUGAGAGUAUUGCAAGAUCCUCUUAUCGGACUGGAAUGUAGAUCAAUGUUUGAAGAAGGGGAAGUAGAUGACCGAUUCUUAAUGAUUUUGUUCUUAAUGGUGGAGCGGCUAAGAAAGAAUUCUUCAUGGAAGCCGUACCUUGAUAUGCUUCCCACCACUUUUGGGAAUCCACUUUGGUUUAAUGGCGAUGAGCUUCUAGAGCUAAAGGGAACGCCAUUGUAUCGAGCAACUGAAUUGCAGAAGAAGACAUUGUUGUCUUUAUAUGAUGAUAAAGUGAAGAGCUUGGCGAAGAAGCUUUUGAAUCUUGAUGGCGGUUCAGAAAGAGAGGUUUGCUUUGAAGAUUUCCUUUGGGCAAAUUCAGUUUUUUGGACUCGUGCUUUAAACAUUCCUCUUCCUUAUUCUUAUGUCUUUCCACAAACUCAAGAAACUGAAGAUUGUAGCAGUUCAGUUGACAAAACUUCUGAGGCUUCCAUUAGUCAUGGUCCUCGUGAACAGUUGCUUUAUGGAAAGGAUGAAAAAAUCAGUGGAGUAACGUCCACAUCAAUACAAAGAGAAACUGUCUGGGUGGAGGGUCUUGUUCCGGGGAUCGAUUUCUGCAACCAUGAUAUAAAAGCGGUGGCAACAUGGGAAGUUGAUGGAACUGGGUCUAUAACUGGACUUCCUUUCUCUAUGUACCUACUUUCUGCUGGACAAAGCUCCCUGCAGAUUGGUAGAGAAAUUUCCAUAAGCUAUGGUAACAAAGGAAACGAGGAACUACUGUAUUUAUAUGGGUUCGUCCUGGAUAAUAACCCAGAUGAUUAUCUCAUGGUCCAUUAUCCAGUAGAAGCACUUCAGAGUACUCCCUUCUCUGACUCAAAAGCACAACUUCUUGAAGCACAGUUUAUCCAUGGUCCUGGUUCCUCACAGAAAGCUGAACUGCGGUGUCUUUUACCUAGAAGUUUGCUGGACCAUGGCUUUUUCACUGUAGACAUUCCAAAAGAUGAAGGAAACGAUGACUGCAAACAUGACAAAGGAUGCAGCUAUAGUUGGAGUGGUGAACGAAAGAUGCCAUCAUAUCUAAACAAGUUGGUAUUUCCUGAAAAAUUUUUAAGUGCGUUGAGAACCAUAGCCAUGAAGGAGGAUGAGCUUUUUCAGGUUUCAUCAUUGCUGGAAGAGCUUGUUGGACCUGAACGGGAGAGGGAACCAUCUGAAGAAGAAGUUCGAGCUGCAGUAUGGGAAGCUUGUGGCGAUUCUGGAGCCUUUCAAUUGCUUGUUGAUCUUCUUAAUACAAGGAUGAUGGAUCUGGAAGGGUGUUCAGGAACUGAGGAUUCUGAUACUGAUUUGCUUAAAAUGGCAGACAUUAUUGAAACUGAAAAGGAGCAAAUUGUGAGAGAGAGCAACUCAAGGGAAGAUGAAGAUAGUAGUAUCAAACGCUGCCAGAUUAGCAGAAAGAAGUGGAGUAGUAUAGUAUAUCGAAGGGGUCAAAAGCAACUGACCCGUUUGUUUCUGAGGGAAGCAGAGUUUGCCUUACAACUAGCCCUGAGUGAAGGAAGCUAAAUUGGUUUGCAUUGUUAAACUUCUAUUGCACCCUUCCUUGCCAUGUUCAGCCAUUUGGCUUGAUUUGAUGUAGAAUUUAGGCAUAAGUGAGUUUUUACUGGAAGAUGAACAUAUGGUUCAAUCUAUUGCUUUAUAAUAAAGAAAAACAUUCAAUUUUGUCACAAAACACAA